UUCUUUAAAAUAUGCGUAGAUUCAUAUCACACAAAACCAUAAAUCUCAUCAGCAAAACCACAACUAGUACUAUUUCGUCUUCUUCUUCUCCAAAUUCUCCAUCACUUUCUCCUAAUUCUCCAUUAAAUUCUCUUCUUCGUUUCUUCUCCGCUCUUCCUGCUUAUUCUCCUGAUUCAAUGGCUUCAGAUUAUUCAGCAACUCACAUCACUGUUGAUAAUAUUAAUCCAAAGGUUUUGAAAUGUGAGUAUGCUGUUCGUGGAGAGAUUGUAUCAAUUGCUCAGACAUUGCAGCAAAGGCUCAAGGAUAAUCCAGGUUCUCAUCCUUUUGAUGAGAUCUUAUAUUGCAAUAUUGGAAAUCCUCAAGCACUUGCUCAGCAGCCUAUCACUUUCUUUAGAGAGGUCCUUGCGUUAUGUGAUCAUCCAUCCAUUUUGGACAAAAGUGAAACACAAGGUCUAUUCAGCGCGGAUGCCAUAGAACGAGCUUUCCAGAUCCUUGAACAAAUUCCUGGGAGAGCAACUGGUGCAUACAGCCACAGUCAGGGUAUCAAAGGAUUACGUGAUACAAUCGCUUCUGGUAUGGGAGCUCGUGAUGGUUUCCCUGCUGAUCCAAACGAUCUUUUCUUGACUGAUGGUGCAAGCCCAGCGGUUCACAUGAUGAUGCAGCUGCUCAUCAGGUCAGAGAAUGAUGGAAUUCUCUGUCCCAUUCCCCAGUAUCCUCUUUACUCUGCUUCAAUCGCCCUCCAUGGUGGAACUCUUGUUCCUUAUUAUCUUGAUGAACAAACAGGCUGGGGGCUUGAGAUCUCAGAGCUUGAGCAUCAGUUGAAAACUGCAAAAUCCAAGGGUAUUGAUGUUAGGGCUUUGGUUGUGAUCAAUCCGGGCAACCCAACUGGGCAGGUUCUUGGUGAGGCCAACCAACGGGAAAUUGUAGAAUUCUGCAGGAAGGAAGGUCUCGUCCUUCUGGCUGAUGAAGUUUAUCAAGAAAAUGUUUAUGUGCCUGACAAGAAAUUCCACUCAUUUAAGAAAGUUUCCCGCUCUAUGGGAUAUGGGGAAACGGAUAUAACCUUAGUGUCUUUUCAGUCUGUGUCAAAAGGGUUCUAUGGUGAGUGUGGAAAGCGAGGAGGUUACAUGGAGAUCACUGGUUUUAGCCCUGAAGUGAGGGAACAGAUAUACAAAUUGGCGUCUGUCAAUCUGUGUUCCAAUAUCUCUGGUCAGAUACUUGCAAGCCUCAUCAUGAGUCCCCCAAAGGUAGGAGAUGAAUCAUACGAGUCUUUUUCUGCCGAGAAAGAAGCAAUACUCUCGUCCUUGGCAAGACGUGCAAAGACACUAGAAGAUGCACUGAAUAGUUUGGAAGGAGUGACAUGCAAUAGGGCAGAAGGGGCUAUGUAUCUAUUUCCGUGUAUCAACUUACCCGACAAAGCAAUAAAAGCAGCAGAAGCAGCUAAAACUGCACCAGACGCUUUUUAUGCUAAACACCUUCUUAAUGCCACUGGAAUCGUUGUUGUUCCAGGCUCUGGAUUCCGCCAGGUUCCUGGAACCUGGCAUUUUAGGUGCACAAUAUUACCACAAGAAGAGAAGAUACCAGCUAUCGUGUCUCGUCUGACAGAAUUCCAUAAAAAGUUCAUGGAUGAAUUCCGCGGCUAAGGAAUCAGAGAGUACUUGCUACCUGAACCUAACAACAGAGAAUUUUGAAUAAGCAGUGCCUGUUGACUCCUGCCUGCGUAUGUUUUGUCUGCCUACUUCUGUAGUAGAACUGUUAUGGGGUUUUACUGAAUCUACCUCAAUUUUAUAAUUAUAGUGAAAUGAGUUCAAGUCGAAAUCCCAACGGAAAGUUAAAUAAAUUUAAGAGGUAGAAUUAGCAUUUAUAAUUACUCAAAAAAAAAGACUAAAGUAAUAGUACGAAAGGAGUAUAAAAUAACAAUAAUAUUGAAUAGUACUUCCACUUUGAAUAUUGAUGAUUGUAAUUGCAUGUAAUCCAUGCGUUUGGCCUUGUAAAUUUUUCUUCAGAUUUU